AUGUCCGAUUCCUACACCAGUUCUUCCUACUACUACAGCUCUACGACCAACACCACCGACGGCACCACCACCACCGGCCACCGGUACACAACGACCUCGCACACGGAGCCCGAUGGUACGACCAUCGUGCGCACCGCACACCAAGACCUCGGCCAACCAGCCGUCGUCGAGGAGCGGCGCUAUGACCGCACCGGCCAGGAAGAGCUCCAGCUCGCCCUCCCGGGGCCCGGCGGCACAUCGGCCGGCGGCGUGCGCCGCAUCACGGACCUCGACGACGAGGACACCACGGGCGCGACGACGCUGGACGCGGGCACGGCGUACGGCACUGUAGGUGGCGCCGGGGCGCCCCAGUCUGUAGAUCGCGAUAUGGUCGAUCGCGAGUCGUAUGAUCUUGGGACACCCUUUGGCACCCGUGUUUUUGAUCCUGCUACCGGCGCGUAUGAUGAGCAUGCCGAUUAUGAUGCUGAUGGGGCUGUGAGGCAUCAUCGGGUGUUGAGGGAUGUCGGUGGGCGCAGGUUCCAUCGUGAUGUUGAUAUGGAUUCUUCGGGGUUGUCUUCUUCCUCGGCGCGCGAACAGCGUCAGUAUGAGAAUCCUAGUACGGGGACACGUCUGCACCGGGAGACGGAUGUCGAUGUGUCGGAGUUGAUUUAG